CGGGGGGCGGCCGGGGCGCUGCGGGGCUGGGCGCGCACGCACGCCGGGGACCGCUGAGCCGUGCGCCUUGGGGAGCGAGCGCCCCGCAGGAGCUGGAAACUUUCCCAGCGGCAGGGAGCAAAAAGUCUAAUAAAGAUGUUAAAAGCUGUAUUGAAGAAGAGUCGAGAAGGAGGAAAGGGAAGCAAGAAAGAGUCAGGUGACUUUUGUGCUGAGAAUGCACCUCAAAUUAUCAGCGCAUCUGGCCACAGAACAGAUUUUCCCAUAAGUAAUAUUUCGGGAGGAGAAGACCCAUACAGGACAACCUUUACAAAAGGAGUUUCCAUGUCUUUGCCUUCAUCUCCCUUACUGCCUCGUCAGUCUUAUUUGGUGCAGUCAAGAUCAAACAAAAAAUCUCCAGGUCCAAUCAGGAAGCCCAAGUAUGUGGAGAGUCCCAGAGUACCAGGAGAUGCAGUUAUAAUACCAUUGAGAAAAGUGUCAGAGUCAACAGAAUCCAAUCAGAAUGAGGCAAAGCCAGACAAUGAAUCGAGCUGUUCGCCUGCAGCUCAGGAACUGUUGACGAGACUGGGAUUUUUGCUGGGAGAAGGGAUCCCAAGCACUGCACACAUCGCCCUUGAAGAAAAAAAUGAAACCAUGUGUACAGCUCCUAGCCAAGGAAUUAGUCCUUGCUCUACACUAACGAGCAGUACCACAUCACCUAGCACUGACAGUCCCUGCUCAACCUUGAAUAGCUGUGUCAGCAAGACGGCAGCGACCAAAAGUCCCUGUGGGACCAUUAGCAGUCCUAGUUCCACACUGGAAAGCAAGGACAGUGGGAUUAUAGCCACAAUUACGAGUUCAUCUGAGAACGAUGACCGGAGUGGCUCCAGUUUGGAAUGGAGUAAAGAUGGAAGCUUAAGAAUUGGAGUCCAACAAGGAAUUCUUCAUGAUCGGAGGGCAGAUAAUUGUUCCCCAGUGGCAGAAGAGGACACAACUGGAUCAACAGAGAGUCUGCCCAAAGCAGAAGUAUCUGCUGGAGAUGGUCCUGUUCCAUACACACAGAACUCCAGCUCCCUAAUCAUGCCCCGGCCUAACUCAGUUGCAGCAACAAGCUCAACCAAGUUGGAAGAUUUGAGCUACUUAGAUGGACAGAGGAAUGCUCCACUUCGAACCUCAAUUAGAUUGCCAUGGCACAAUACUGCUGGAGGUCGAUCACAGCAAGAAAUUAAAGCACGGUUUGUCCCUUACAAGCCACAAGACAUUUUGUUGAAGCCACUGUUGUUUGAAGUGCCAAGCAUAACAACAGACUCUGUGUUCGUUGGAAGGGAUUGGCUCUUUCAACUGAUAGAAGAAAAUUUGAAGAAUACAGAGUUGGCAGAAAACAGGGGAGCCGUCGUUGUUGGAAAUGUGGGAUUUGGGAAGACUGCAAUUAUUUCUAAGUUGGUGGCACUUAGCUGCCAUGGGAGCCGCAUGAGACAGAUUGCUUCAAACAGUCCCAGUUCAUCGCCUAAAAGUUCUGACCCCUGCCAAGAUCUUCCUUUCACCCCAUUGUUCUCACCCAAUGCUUCCACAGGUGCUACCAGUGCUGUAAAAGCCCCAAGUUGUCCUGGUACUCCUGAGCAUCCAAGACCAGUAGAUGGUGCCUUGAGAUACCUUGCCUCUAAGGUUGUGGCCUAUCACUACUGCCAAGCUGACAAUACCUACACAUGCCUGGUCCCUGAAUUUGUGCACAGUAUCGCGGCUUUGCUGUGCCGGGCGCAUCCAUUGGCUGCCUACAGAGACCUGCUGAUAAAGGAGCCGCAGCUACAGAGCAUGCUGAGCCUUAGGUCAUGUGUUCAGGACCCAGUGGCAGCAUUCAUCAGAGGAGUCCUGGAACCACUUGCAAACCUCAGAAAUGAACAGAAAAUUCCAGAGGAAGAAUACAUUAUUUUGAUAGAUGGCCUAAAUGAAGCUGAGUUUCAUAAACCCGAUUAUGGAGACACACUUUCUUCAUUUAUUACCAAAAUUAUUUCUAAAUUUCCUGCCUGGCUGAAGUUGAUUGUAACUGUAAGAGCAAAUUUUCAGGAACUCAUAAGUGCAUUGCCAUUUGUCAGAAUUUCAUUAGAUGAUUUCCCUGAAAACAAAGAGAUUCACAAUGAUCUGAAUGCCUACGUCCAGUAUAGGAUCAACAGCAGCCAAGAGAUUGUCAACAACAUUUCUCUAAAUGGGAAAGCGGAUGCAGUCAUCAUUGGGAAAGUGAGCAACCAUCUUGUUAUGAGGAGCUUGGGAUCUUACCUGUACCUGAAGCUGACUUUGGAUCUCUUUCAAAGAGGACAUUUAGUGAUUAAAAGUGCAAGCUACAAAGUUGUUCCCGUGUCUCUGUCAGAACUCUAUUUGCUUCAGUGUAACAUGAAGUUCAUGACCAACUCUGCCUUUGAAAGAGCACUUCCCAUUUUAAAUGUGGCUCUUGCUUCCCUUCACCCCAUGACGGAUGAACAGAUUUUUCAGGCUAUCAAUGCUGGUCACAUACAAGGUGAACAGGAGUGGGAAGACUUUCACCAAAGAAUGGAAUCCCUUUCAUGCUUCUUGAUCAAAAGGAGAGAUAAAACACGCAUGUUUUGCCAUCCAUCCUUCAGGGAAUGGCUUGUUUGGAGAGCUGAUGGUGAAAACACUGACUUCUUAUGUGAGCCAAGGAAUGGGCAUGCUCUUUUGGCAUUUAUGUUCUCCAGACAGGAGGGAAAGUUGAACCGCCAACAAACCAUGGAACUUGGACAUCACAUUCUUAAGGCACAUAUUUUCAAGGGCCUCAGUAAAAAAACUGGAAUUUCUUCAAGCCACCUUCAAGCCCUGUGGAUUGGGUACAGCACCGAUGGACUGUCAGCCGCUCUUUCGUCCUUGAGAAAUCUUUACACUCCCAAUGUGAAGGUAAGCCGUCUCCUGAUCUUGGGGGGAGCCAAUGUCAACUACAGGACAGAAGUUUUGAAUAAUGCCCCAGUGUUGUGUGUCCAGUCUCACCUUGGCCAUGAGGAAGUGGUCAUUCUUCUGUUGGAAUUUGGAGCCUGUCUGGAUGGGAUGUCAGAGAAUGGCAUGACCCCACUCUGCUAUGCAGCAGCUGCUGGCCAUAUGAAUAUAGUCUCUCUACUGUCCAAAAAGGGAGCAAGGAUUGAUCACCUGGACAAGAAAGGCCAAUGUGCAUUAGUUCACAGUGCUUUAAGGGGACAUUGUGACAUCCUUAAAUAUUUGCUGAAUUAUGACUGGGCAGCAAGUACCCAUCAGCAAAGCGUGUUAAAGAAAAGCCAGGCACUUCAGCAGGCAUUGACUGCGGCCGCCAGUAUGGGUCACAAUGAGGUGGUCCAGUGCUUGCUGGGAAUGGAAAAGGAAUAUGAAGUAGAUGUCAAUGGCACAGACACAUUAUGGGGAGAAACAGCUCUGACGGCUGCUGCAGGAAGAGGGAAGCUGGAAGUGUGUGAAUUGCUCCUUCAAUGUGGAGCGGCUGUGUCCAGAACCAACAAAAGAGGGAUCCCACCUUUGUUCUGUGCGGUGCGCCAGGGCCACUGGCAGAUUGUCAGACUGCUGUUAGAACAUGGCUGUGAUGUGAACUCAAGUGACAAGCAGGGGCGAACCCCACUCAUGGUGGCUUCUUGUGAGGGGCAUCUCAGCACUGUGGAAUUUCUGCUGUCCCAAGGUGCAGCUAUUUCUUCUCUAGAUAAAGAGGGACUGUCGGCAUUAAGUUGGGCAUGUCUGAAAGGCCAUAGAGGAGUAGUUCAGUACCUGGUUGAGAAGGGAGCUACAAUAGAUCAAACAGACAAGAAUGGACGCACACCCUUAGAUCUGGCAGCAUUUUAUGGUGAUGCGGAUACUGUGCUCUAUCUUGUGGAAAAAGGAGCUAUCAUUGAGCACGUGGACCACAGUGGCAUGCGCCCUUUGGACAGGGCAAUUGGCUGUCGGAACACAUCUGUCGUGGUCACAUUACUAAGAAAAGGAGCUAAAUUAGGAAAUGCAGCUUGGGCGAUGGCCACUUCCAAACCUGAUAUUCUAAUUAUCCUCUUACAGAAGUUAAUGGAGGAGGGAAAUGUGUUGUACAAGAAAGGGAAGAUGAAGGAAGCAGCCCAGAGAUACCAAUGUGCCUUAAGGAAAUUUCCUCGUGAAGGGUUUGGUGAAGACAUGAAAGCAUUCAAUGAACUACGCGUUUCCCUCUAUCUGAACUUGUCCCGGUGCCGAAGGAAAACAAAUGACUUUGGCAUGGCAGAAGAAUUUGCUUCCAAGGCUCUGGAGUUGAAACCAAAAUCCUAUGAAGCAUAUUAUGCCAGAGCAAGAGCAAAGAGGAAUAGCAGGCAAUUUGUGGCUGCUCUGGCUGAUCUGCAGGAGGCUGUGAAGCUUUGUCCCACCAACCAAGAAAUCAAGAGGCUUCUGAGUCGUGUAGAAGAAGAAUGCAAACAGCUGCAAAGAAGCCAGCAGCAGAAGCAACAGUGCCCCCCCUUGGCCCCAGCCAACGACUCGGACAAUGAGGAAGAAGCCCCAGCUCCUGGACUGGAUGAUCACUUUCCCACAGAGGAGGCUGAAGAGGAAGAGACAGUGCAGCCCGGGGACUUGGUUUCACUGCCUGUGAGGCCUCAGCCCUCUUCCUCAGCACCUGCACCAUAUAGUAGAACCUUUCAGGAAGGGCUGCAGCCAAAAGCAAGACCAGCUUCACCCACGAAUAGGCCAGGAAGCAGUAAGCUCCCAAGGGAGCCAAUUGUUCAGCCAGGUUUGAUAAUGCAGCCUACUAAGCGGGCACAGAUUGUGAAAACUAACCAGCACUUGAGUUCUCUUCAGUCUAACCUGAGAACUGGAGUAGGUACUAGUGGUGUGAAAAUUCAGGCUUCUUCUCAGAAUCCUCCCCCAAGUCCCAUGCCAGGAAGGUCCCCUGCGAUUCUCACUAACAGAAGCCAGCAUUUAGAGGGGACAGGUUCUUUCACCGCAGCACCCAACUCUGGCCUAUAUGGUGACCGGCUGGGCAUCAGCCAGAAUGCACAUCUGCAGCGCAGCGAGGGUGGCUCUGCAUAUCCUUUACCAAGCAAGGUUAAAACUGCAGAGAGGCUUCUAGCUCAUGCUUCCUUAGCUAUGGAUAUAGCCCCUCCAAACCAAAGUGUGUCAGUGAAUUGUAGUGAUAUGAGGCACGUAGGUUCUCUGGCUAAUUCAGCCUCUAAUGGUUCUCCAUCUGGAAGCAUGAAAAUGUCCAAUUCAGCCAGCAAUUUAGCUUCAAGUAGCAGUUUUUCAGAUGGCUUGAAGGCCCAAGGGGCAGAUGCAAGAAAUAAGGAGAAGGUGGCUAACAACCAGGUUCAGAGUGGUACAGCUGAACACAGACCACGCAAUACUCCAUUCAUGGGCAUUAUGGAUAAGACUGCAAGAUUCCAACAGCAGGGAAAUCCAUCCAACCGUACUUGGCAUUGCCAAGUGACCGAGGGGUUACUGACAAACCCAUCUGCAGCUGGCCUGCAGUCUUCACACUGUGAGCAGCAGCCCUCUGUCAAACAGGCAGGAGGAUACAAUAACCAAACUAAAAUGUGUUCUGCUUCCCCCCUGGGUGGAAUUGUCCACAAUGGGGCCCAGUUGAAGGAACUUGAGGAAAACAAGUGCCAAAUAUCAGCCCAUUGUCAAGACAGCCGGAGAGUCAAGAAUGUCUCUCAUUUGUAUCCGGAGAGUAUCUCUAAACAACAGCCCCCUAUGAGUAAGGAAACCCAUCGGAGUCAUAUCACGUCAGCAAAACCAAAGCGAUCAUUCAUAGAAUCAAAUGUGUAAGGAUUAAGAGCAGUGCUGUGUAAAAUAGACAAACAGUGUACUGGUUCCUGGGAUUAAUUACUAAUUGUGGCUGUUUCACUCUAAAAAUACAGAGAACUUUUCAGUUAUGGUUUUUGAUGUUUUCUGUAGGACUGAUGUGACUAAGUAUUGACCAUCAGUGGUAUCAAAAAGAGUAGGAUAAACCACUUUAAUAUGAAGCUAAAAGUCACCAUGAACAAGAAUGUUAACUGGAAUGUCAAGCAGAGCUGGAAAAAAUUGACACAGAAAUAGGGUUAGCCAUGACUGACUGUAAAAUUAUAAAACAGGGAGCAUCCAAGGAGAUCCUGUCUUGUAUCCUUUGCUUCUGAGACUGUUCAUAACUAUCUCUUUUCUGGGUCUUUGAUAUGAUGAAAAUCUCAGUAUUUCUCUAAGGAAUAUUUACACGUUUCUCACCCUGUGUGUAAGAAACUCCUAGAUCUGUAGGUAAAAAGCAGUCACUACAUGUGACCCAGAACUGUAGAUAAAUGCUUUUUGAAUGAGUAUUAUUCUAUAUUGGUGGCUCAGCAAACCUCCAGGUUAAUACAUAAGACAUGAUUUAGGAGUGACUUCUUAAGUCACCUCAAGCUGAGUCUGAGGUGGGACUAUAAAGUAAUGUGAUUGCUCCCCCAUGCCCCCUUCAAAACAAAACAAAACCCAAAUAUCCAAAUCAUUGUUUUCUUCAUUAAGGAAGUUGCCUUGAGAUGCUAUGCAUUUAUUUCAACAGUGUUGUCAUUGUUCAGUACCAUUUUUGGAACUGCUCUUUUAGAAUUGCCUUCAGAGCCUAUAGCUCUGUCCUCCCUGAAGGCUUUAUGUUCUCUUUUGAAGGGAAACUUAGUCCAAAGUGAACAAAAUCAAGGCUGAUGUUGCUGUUCUGGGCAGAAGUAAAGUAUUAACUAUAAAACAGUGCAAAUAGUUCUCUCAGUGUGAAGGAAGUUCUAGAAGGAGGGUUCUAGAAAUGUGAUCAAUGGCAACGUUGCUGGGGUGAAAUCCCACGGUGACUGCUUUGAAAGAUAAAAACUCAUUUAGGUGUUCACAUUCUGCUCAGUCGAUAAAAUCACUCUUUACAGUCACACUCUCUGAAUAUAUAUGUAUGUAUAUAUCAAAGGUGGUCAGGUUUUACUUAAAACAUGUAAAUAUAAUUUUAUUUUCAAAUAGUUAAUCCAAAAAAAAAUACAGCCAUAGAUUUAAAUGCAUGUUUUUUUUAAAGCUUCAACCAUGCUGAUUAUUGCACUGAAUAAUAUAUUAUGGCAUGUUAUCAUUAUACUUGUAACCUGCACUUUAUAUAGUUUAUAUAAACACCUUUAAGGUGCUAAAGUCCAAAAUUAUGUAUCAUUCAUUUGUGGUGAUAAGGUACAGGAAAAAGGUGUUUUUAUAUGAAAACAUGAUGUGUUAUUUGAAGGUUUUAUUAUAACAAUUUGAAAGCAUUGGAUGUGCAUUUGUUUUAUAGGAUGGGGUGUGAAAUUUAUUUUCCAGAGUUGGGGAGAAGAAAAUUCUAUAUUUACAGAAGUGUUUUCAAAAUGAAGAGUUGUAAUGAAGUUCCUGUGAGAGUGUUUUGUACAAGUUGGAAUAUUCCAUUGUCAUUCUAAAGCAUUUGUUCUGUGUGUAUAGUGUGUACUUUGUAAAAACAGCUUUGUCCCUUUUUACAAGCUUUUCAUGAGUCUGCAUAUGAUUAC